AUGAGUGAGGAAUAUCCCGUUGAAGGUACCAGCGAUGCAAUAUCACAGCAAGUGCUUCCGUUGGAGGUCAUCGAUAGAUCAAUUGGAAAGAAAGUUCGUAUAUUAAUGACCAGUGAUAAAGAGUUUCGUGGGACGCUAAUAGGAUUUGAUGAUUUCGUUAACAUGGUAUUGGAGGAUGUUACUGUGGUAACGGACAGUGAUAAUGACGCUGAUACAAAGGACGAGGUUGUUAAAAAGAUGUUAUUGAACGGCGGUCAAGUAGCUAUGAUUAUCCCAGACGUGGUAAACGCAUAA